AAGAACACCGCCUUUACUCAUAUAUAUUAUAUUAUUCUGCGAAGUAAGAAGCGAAACCACACUCCGCACAAAUCGAAGGAUGAAUCUGUUUUCUCUUCUUCGAUCAUCAAAACUCUAAUAAUCUUUGCGCCUUCUUAUUCUUCUUGCUGUUGAAGCUUCUGCCCCCAAAUACUCGCACUCAACUCAAGCCCUCUCUUUCUUUCCUGCCAUCCCAUUUUUCCGUUCGGAUUCUAGGGUUUUUUCCCUUCUGCGUAUGCACCCCUCGCUUCGGCUAUUUCUCUAGGGCUGAAUUAUUCUCAGUUUCGGAGGAAUUUGAUUCUUUUGUUAGAUUGAAAUUGCAAUGGCUUCUUCCUUGGAUAUGUCACUUGAUGAUAGGAUAAAGAGCAGCAGGAGUAACAGAGAAAGAGGUAGAGGACGUGGCAGAGCCCGAGCUCACACUGGCCGUGGGACAGGCAGGAAUCCUGGUGUUGGUGGAACAAUAACUGGUGCUGCUCGUAGAGGUCUUAAUACCCGGCCGUCAUCCUAUGCCAUUGCCAAGUCCAUCCGGAGGACCGGGCCUUUUCCUUGGCAGCAAGAUUUGUUUGAGGAUAGCAUAAGAGCUGCAGGGAUACAAGGGGUUGAAGUUGGUACAAAGUUGUACAUUUCAAAUUUGGACCAUGGAGUAACCAAUGAAGACAUAAGGGAGCUUUUUUCUGAGAUUGGAGACUUGAAGCGCUGUGUUGUUCAUUAUGAUAAAACUGGACAUCCAAGUGGUUCUGCUGAAGUUGUCUAUACAAGAAGAAGUGAUGCAUUUGCUGCUCUUAAACGAUACAAUAAUGUGCUUCUGGAUGGAAAGCCCAUGAAGAUUGAGAUUGUUGGUGCCAACGCAGAAUUGCCUAUAACUGCUCGGGUAAAUGUAUCGGGGGUAAAUGGGCGAAGGAAGAAAAGGACAGUUGUGAUGAUGUCUCGUGGAGGUCAAACUGGAGGUGGUGCUGGGCUCAGUCGCGCUGCCACUCGGGUACAACGUAGUGGGGCAAGGCCAAAGGGUGGAACUUCAAGUGGCCGAGGCCGUGUUCGCAGCCGUGGACGUGGCAGGGUUGGACGCCAAGGGCGUGGGAAAAAGGAGAAGUCAGCUGAGGAACUUGACAAGGAGCUGGAAACCUACCAUGCUGAGGCUAUGAACAUCUCGUAGAUGAUGACAAAGAACUUGACGUGGCAUAUGGAGUUCAAAUUUGUUGAUUUAGUUAGUUACAUUUUUAUUUAUAGUUUAUUUCUUCAUGAUUGAUCUUCUCUGACUACGCUUUGUGUUGUUAAGGCUAUAUCUUGUAUUUUCAAUGCAUCAUUGGACACUUUUGAUGAGACGUGUUAGGAAUGUGCCAAAUUAUGUAUAUUCUACGUUGUACCAGCACUUUGCCUUAUCAUAAUUAUGAUUUGCUUAGGGUCUACAUUUGCUUA